CGCAGACCGGCAGAUUAGCUCUACUCAACGCUCCAAGCGGCCUCUACCGUCACUAGCGGAUUGUUUUUCUUGCUCAGGCAAAACUUACAACGCUUAAUUUUUUUAUUUUUUUAUUUUUUUUUGUUUGGGUGCGUUAGAAUCGCCGUGCUUCCCACUUAUUGUGUGCAGCUUUUCCAAGUCUUCAAGGAAUGCCCAGAGAGCUGACCCAGAACAGGAUCCAAAAGAUCUGGGUUCCUACCAAGGAUGAUAAACCGGCACCCCGUAGAGCGGGCGGCGUCCCCCACAUCGCCAACCCCCCGACCGUCAUCGUGAUGGUGGGCCUGCCGGCUCGGGGCAAGACGUACAUGUCCAGGAAACUCACGCGCUACCUCAACUGGAUCGGCAUGCCCACCAAAGUCUUCAACGUGGGGGAGUACCGCAGGGAAGCGGUCAAAAACUACAGCUCCUACGAUUUCUUUAAGUCGGAUAACGAGUGCGCUGUCAAGAUCAGGGAACAAUGUGCCUUAGCAGCCUUGAGGGACGUCAAGUCCUACUUGCAAGACGAGGGAGGCCAAGUCGCGGUCUUUGACGCAACCAACACCACGAGGGAUAGGCGGAAGCUCAUCCUCCAGUUUGGCCUCGAGAAUAGCUACAGGAUCUUUUUCAUCGAGUCCGUCUGCGACGACCCGGGCGUCAUCGCGUCGAAUAUCAUGGAAGUGAAGGUUUCCUGCCCAGAUUACAAAGACUGCAACAAGACGGACGCCGUGUUGGAUUUCCAAAGGAGGAUUGAAUGUUACAAAGCCAGCUACCAGCCUCUGGACCCUGAUCAGCACGACAGGGACCUUUCCUUCAUCAAGGUGAUAGACGUGGGCCGCCGCUUCCUGGUCAACCGCAUCCAGGAUCACACCCAGAGCAAGAUCGUCUACUACCUGAUGAACAUCCACGUCCAGCCGCGCACCAUCUACCUGUGUCGACACGGAGAGAGCACAGACAACCUGGAGGGGCGGCUCGGGGGCGACGCUGGCCUCUCGCCGAGGGGCAAGCAGUUUUCCAGCGCCUUGGCUGGAUUCGUGGAGGAGCAGCAGAUGAAAGAUCUGAAGGUCUGGACCAGCCAGUUGUGCAGCAGCAUCCAGACAGCUGAGCACCUGAGGGUCCCGUACGAGCAGUGGAAGGCCCUCAAUGAAAUUGACGCAGGAUUAUGUGAGGAGAUGACGUACGAUGAGAUUAAGGAGAAGUUUCCUGAGGAGUUCGCCUUGAGGGAUGAAGAUAAAUACUACUAUCGCUACCCCGCUGGAGAGUCCUACCAGGACCUGGUCCAGAGGGUGGAGCCGGUCAUUAUGGAGCUGGAGCGUCAGGAGAAUGUGCUGGUCAUCUGCCACCAGGCUGUCAUGCGUUGCCUCCUGGCCUACUUCCUGGAUAAAAGUGCAGAUGAGAUGCCCUACCUGAAGUGUCCCCUUCAUACUGUGCUGAAGCUCACCCCCGUGGCCUACGGUUGCAAAAUCGAGUCCAUCUCUUUGAACGUGGAGGCAGUGAAUACUCACAGAGACCGACCCGAGGAGGUAAGGAGAGGUCCGGGGAGCUUGAUCCGGAGGAACAGCGUGACUCCUUUGACCACCCCCGAGACCAACAUCAAAAAGCCUCGCAUCGACAACCUGGAUGAAGCUCCCAUCCAGGAGCUCCCUCGUUCGGUGGCUUCGUUGGCACUCUGCAGCCCGUCGCACCUCCCGCUAACACUGGCCGGCCAGAACCUGAGGAGACACUCCUGACGCCCUGCCCGGUCGCAAUGAAGCGGCAUCCGGCGACCUUUCACUCAAUGUCUUGACACAAUGAAAGUUAUUCUACAAAAAGCCUUUAUACAUGGAAAAGAUGACAUCAUUUUUCCCCCCCUCUCUCACAUUGGUAUAUUUUAAAUCUUAAAAAAAAAAAGAGGGGGGUGAUUUUUAUUUUAGUUUUUUUUUCCUUAUCCAAAGACGCAAAACUGUCACUUUUCAUGCCUUCCUUCAAGAUUUUCCUACGGGGGGGGAUUUAAAAGUCAGUCUUGCCGUUCACACUGGAGACGUUCACUGAAUUGUAUUUAUUUCACACUGGGAUUUUUUCACUUUUUUUUUUAUGUGGGUGUCAAGGCGGAGCCAAGUCGUUGAAUGAUUUUGCACAUUUGGGACGCAUUUCGAGAUUUUUGUUUAUUCAUGAAUGUGCUUCAAGCCGCUUGAUUUUAAACGGAGGUCGUUCUUGCCGUAGAGUGCCUGUUAGCGCUUGUCGCUUCGUCUGGUUCCGUUUUCCACAUUUCACAUCGGCGCACAUUGAAUGAUUUCGCGAACACGCCGACUCGAACAGGGUCUUGGGGCAAAGGUUAUUUUCUUUGUCCGCCGCACGAGUAGAAGCACUUCUAUUUUUCUGAUAACAAAGCGUGCUGUUAAUAAUAUCUUUGUAAAUAUGAAUAAGUGGAGACAAUUGUUGACUCUCUUGGAAGGUUUGAAUGAAAAUAUGUCUUUUUUUUGUACUAAUGUGGCGGAACUUAAAGAGCAAGCGGGGUUUGUGUAUAGGAAGAAACUGCUUCUCACCGUUUGUUGGCAUGUUAGUACAAUCUACUUGAAGUGUUUCUCUUUUUUUUUUUGUUACAACUUUAUUAUAUUCUCUAUUUAUUUUCUAUGUAGUUUUUGGCACACACAAAAAGGGAGGAGGGGCCUACUAUGCAGGCAAGGACAGUAUGUUGUACUUGAUUUUGCAUCUGCUGGAUCAAUAAAACAACUCAAAAUA